AUCAAUCCUACUGCAUGGCCCCUUAACAUUAUCAUGUGUAUUCUUUUUAAAUUACUGCGAGUAAUAUGUCCAGUUUUGGUGUGGGCAUUUAUUUUCUAACGAUAUUGUGGUUUAUGACGCUAAUGCUAUGUUGGGUAUCAGUAAGAACUGGUCAUUACGUGGGGAAAAUAUCCGUUGGCGUGUCUUUGGUUCUUACAGUAGUGCUGAUAUCACUGCCAAAAGGGGACGUACAUGAUUACAGUGCCAACUUUUAUGACCAUUUGUUUGUUUUGCGAUACGCGAUCCUCUCGUUACUGCUUGUUAGCUGUGUAAUUGGUUCAGUAUUUUAUUUUGUGUACAUAUGCCUCGCGCCGAUUGAAACUCGUAAACAAACAAGUUUUGGUACUCUUUACUAACUUUUAAAAGAUCAUGUCUAAUGUUAUAUGUCGAGGCCUGGGAUCGCCCGUCAGGAGUUUAGCUAAAUUAAGGAGAGGCAACCCAAUCUCCACAUCUAUAGUCCACAAUGAAACUAUUUUAGUUAAAAAUAAUAAUGAAUUUGUUAAUAAGGUAAUGAAUAAUGACAAGCCAGUGAUAGUGAAUUUCCACGCGGAUUGGUGUGAACCUUGCAAGAUCCUUACUCCAAAGCUGAAGGAGCUCAUUGAACCGCUUGGCAAUUUGGAUCUGGCUAUUGUGGAUGUGGAGGACAAUGCUGACCUCGUACACACAUUUGAGGUGAAAGCCGUACCAGCGGUCAUAGCCAUCCGCAAUGGACUUAUAGUGGACAAAUUCAUCGGACUAGUUGAUGCAGAUAUGAUAACGAAUCUCAUCGACCGGAUGUCCGGCAAGGCGAAGGAAAAGGCGUAAGAUGACGACUUGACACUCGACUGAUAAUGGACCUUUGUUGAUGCUAUCUUGAAUACAAUCGAUAUCGACUAUGGCCUCCUUUUUUGUUUUGCUCACAUUUGUGAAUAGUAUGUCCUGUUCAUUUAUAGAUAGUUCAACUAGAACAAGACCUCCCAAGGAAUAGUAAGAAGGUUGAGAACAUUACCUCUAGGUACAGCGAUAGAAGAAUUGCCCACGACAUUUGGUGAACACAAUUUAAGCCUAUAUAAUACGGAAUUAUUGUAGUUGAGAACAAGUAUGUUAAGUCUUUGCUUCGGGGUUACAUCCAUGGAAUGUUUAACAGAGCUAUGUUAAAAUGUUAACGCCAACCCCUCUGGGAAAGAGACUUGAUUUAUGUAAAUAUGUUAAGAUGUUAACAAUUAUUUAAAACCUUAUUUCGCACACGUCAAGUUUUAAUUUAGUAUAGUUACAACCUUCUUGGAAAGAUUUAACACAAAAUGGUGGUAUACCUAGUCUAUGAAAUAUUAACCCAAAUUUUUUUCCAAUGUUUUUUUUUAUCUACAUAGUUUUAUUUAUUUUUUUGCAAUCUAGAGACCAAUUAGUUCGUAGUCAAUUAUUCUAUUAUGAAAUAAAGUUCAUUAUUGCGGGACCUAAUAAGGAGCAAGCUGCAUUUUUAUUUAAUGCACAGCUCUCCUUUUAAUGUAAUUGAUUGUGAACCAGAUUUAUCAACAAAGAACACCAUAUAUAUAAACUGUAAGUUGAUUGAAAGAAUUAUAAUGAAUGUAUUUUAUUAUGUUAGUUAUAAAAUUACUUUAUUAUAGAAAUAAGUUACAAUUAUUUACUGUAACAUUAUUGCAAAUUUUAUAGACGACCUAGUCUUCUCAAGACUGUUUUUUGAAUGUGAUAAAAAACAGGUUCGUGUUAUGUAUCGUAAACACAGUUAGAUCUUUAAGUGAAAUAUAAUAGCUCCAUCGCAAUAAAUUCUUAUUUGAUUUACCAGGUUGUAAAUUUUAACCUUUAUACUAUACUGAACUCGUUUUUAAAACAAUGUGCCUGAUUUUGAGUGUAGUAAAACUUUGAUUAUUUGUUUGAAAUAUUGUACAGUAUGUUUCAUUCAAUGAUUAUGCUUGCCAUUUCGUUUUAAGAUUUGCUAUUUUAAAAUAUGUAACCAAGUUUUUGCCUUGGGUUUUUUUUUUGAUAUGAAAUGAUAAGCACUUUUUUCGGUUCUGUUUUAUGAAAGACUUUCAUUAUUACUUCGUUUAUUAUUUGUUUCUCAAUAGUUAGAUUUGUUCUAUCAAUACAUAUCUCAGCUUUCAGCUGCCUUACAAGCUCAAUGUUGCACUAAAUGUUUAGUAAAAACCAGAUUUAGCUGGGUUACUUCAUAACAAUAUACAAUAAUAUCUGUAUAAUAUUAUAAUGACUUUAGGUCACACAAAUAGAAAAUAUAGACAAUACUCCUAAUAUAGCAAAUAAAUACUUAUUUAGAACCAUUCUCAUGCAAGUUGAUUUUCCAAAAAUCUCGGGUAGUUAUUUUAUGCGGAUAAAUAAAACAAAACAAGAGGUUAGCUACUUAUAUAUUUUUUACUAUCUUUUGUUUUAUUAAAAAGCGCAAUUUACUUUUUAAUAAUUGCAAUUUAAUACACGUAUACGAGAAACACAAUGUUCCUUAAUGUAUGGUUGAUAAAAGUAAAGUAGGUACAUCACAAAUUUAUAGCUAGUUAGUGAUAAGCAAUAGACGGACAGACGUAAUCAUAAUUUUUUUUUUAUUGAAUUCGCUUAUUAAUCCCGAUCACAUUUUAAAUAUCGACAAAAUCGUAUACAGAUUUAAACAUAAAGAAAAUUUCUAUUUUUCACUGGAGAAAUUAGAAGGCUUUAGUACCGCACUGUGCAGUAAAUUGGCACAAUUAAUAAAAUUUAUAUUUUGUGAUAUUGCGCUCAUGAUUUUCACGGGUUGAAUAUAUUGAUCUAGAUGAAUAGUUGAAUAUAUUGAUAGUUUAAUAUUGCUGAGCUUAAUGUUGCUUUUAGGUGCUCCAAAAGUCCAUCCUUUAGAAUCUAUUGUUGUAUUUCAUAUUAUUAUUAUUAUUUUGUGUUCAAUAAGAAAGUUCUGUAAAAAGAAAUUUAAAUCUCGUAUCGCUUAUUUUGUUGCCAGAAUUCAAAUUGAAAUGAGAAUUAUUUUGGUAGGCAUACAUUUUCUUAUUUCUUUCUCUUCUGUAUUUAGUAUUAGGCUCAUAAUAUUAUUCCGAUUUCUAUGAUUAGGAUAGUCCCAAAAUUAGACCAUAUUUGGGUCCACUUUACCUUAUCAUAUAAAUGUUGAUAGUUUAGGCGUAUUGUAAUGUAAAUGUAGACCAAUGCUUUUAUUUUUACUUCAAAAUAGUAAACUAGGCUUUUGUUUUCUUUCCAUUCGAAUUGUUAGACAAAAGUGAUUCAACGGAAUUGUAUUAUUUUUGCAAUAAUCCUUGACCUAAUAACGAAUGUAUAAUGAUAAUAAAUCCAUAUUUUUCUUA